UGCAUCUCUCAUGUGUUGUGUAUGUGUCUGUCUGUUCAUCCUCCCACUGCUGCGUCACGCUGGAGGAGGGCGAGAUCUUUAAAUAUGGAUCAAGACUUAAGACGAGCCUGCGGAGCGCGACGCCACGCGUUUCUCGACCGGACAGAGAGAGCUCCUGAUCCCGCUGCGGAAUGACUGCUGGACUGCCCGAAUGUACUGUAGUUUGUAGAAGCAGCAGCGGUGAAACAUCUCUGGCUCCAGAUAAACUCAACUGAAAGCGUUUCUGCUUUACGCAUCCAGACGCGCUUGAACUUGGAGCGAAAUCGCACUUCUUUAAGAGAGAGUUUCUCGCUCGGACGCACUUUUUAAUCCAGAGUUCCAUAAGAAGAAAGUGGUUCUCUUGGAGAAGAGGACGCCAAUUGUCAACAUGAGCGACAAAAACAAAAUGGAGGAUGAAGCUGUAGUGGACAGAGGAGCAUCGUACAUCAAAAACGUGUGUGACGAGGAGGUCGAAGGUCAUCACACAGUCUACAUUGGUGUUAAUGUGCCUAAAAGUUACCGGCGGCGCCGCCGACACAGACGACGAUCCAGUCACAGAGAGAGACGGGAACGAGUGACGGAGAACGUGAGCGACAAAUCAGACACCGAGAACGCAGACGACUCCUCGUCCAGCAUCCUCAAACCACUCAUUUCUCCGGCAGCAGAGCGAAUACGCUUCAUUUUGGGUGAAGAUGACAGUGGUCCUCCCCCACCGCAGCUCUUCACCGAACUUGACGAACUUCUUGCCGUUGACGGACAGGAACUGGAGUGGAAGGAAACAGCCAGAUGGAUAAAGUUUGAGGAGAAGGUGGAGAAGGGUGGCGAGCGCUGGAGUAAACCUCACGUGGCCACUCUUUCUCUGCACUCGCUCUUCCAGCUCAAGAACUGCAUCGAGAAGGGAACCAUCGUGCUGGACAUGGACGCAAACUCACUGCAGCAGAUCGUCGAAAACAUCACUGACAGUCAAAUCGAGAGCGGGCAGCUGAAGGCCGAUCUGAGAGAGACGGUCAUAUACACUCUGCUGAGGAAACAUCGACACCAGACCAAAAAAUCCAACCUGCGCUCACUGGCAGACAUCGGCAAGAGUGUGUCGAGCGCCAGUCGCCUGUUCAGCAGCCAGGAGAACGCGCGCGGUCCUAUCGAUCACACAGUGCCUUGCUUUACCACUUUUGAACCUGAAGAACAAAUGCAGAUGCAGAGAAGCAACAGCAUGGGCCUUCUCUGCAGUCCGACCACAGCUCAUCGUAACCUGACCUCCACCAGCCUGAAUGACUUGUCAGACAAACCAGAGAAAGACCAGUUGAAUAAUAAAUUCAUGAAGAAAAUCCCCCGGGAUGCCGAAGCGUCAAACGUGUUGGUGGGAGAGGUGGAUUUUCUCGACGCUCCAUUUGUUUCGUUUGUUCGCCUUCAGCAGUCGGUUAUGUUAGGAGGUCUGACCGAAGUUCCGGUUCCCACACGCUUCCUUUUUAUUCUGCUGGGGCCCAAAGGAAAGGCCAAAUCAUACCGUGAGAUUGGACGUGCCAUCGCCACGCUCAUGUCUGACGAGGUGUUUCAUGACAUUGCGUAUAAAGCGCGAGAUCGCAGCGACCUGCUGGCCGGGAUCGAUGAGUUUCUGGAUGAAGUGAUUGUCCUUCCUCCAGGAGAGUGGGAUCCUGACAUCCGAAUCGAGCCUCCGAAAUCCGUCCCGUCUGCUGAUAAACGUAAGAACAAUCUUGCUGGAGGGGAAGGUUCUCAGAUGAAUGGAGGAACGCCUCAUGAUGGAGGUUCGGGUGGCGGCGGUGGACACGCUGUCGGGGAUGAACUCAAAAUGACUGGCAAGUUUUGCGGGGGUCUCGUUCUGGACAUCAAAAGGAAACUACCGUUUUUCGCAAGCGACUUUUAUGACGCUCUGAACAUCCAGUCUCUGUCCGCCAUCUUGUUUAUUUACCUGGGUACAGUAACAAACGCCAUCACGUUCGGAGGCCUGCUAGGAGACGCCACAGAGAACAUGCAGGGUGUAUUGGAGAGUUUUGUCGGGACGGCGCUGACAGGUGCAGUUUUCUGUCUGCUCGCUGGUCAACCGCUCACAAUCCUGAGCAGCACCGGCCCUGUGCUCGUGUUCGAGAGACUGCUGUUCAACUUCAGCAGGGAAAAUGCUUUUGACUAUCUGGAGUUCCGGCUGUGGAUCGGCCUGUGGUCUGGCUUUAUGUGUCUGGUUCUGGUGGCGACCGAUGCCAGUUUCCUGGUGCAGUAUUUCACGCGCUUCACAGAGGAAGGUUUUUCUGCGCUCAUCAGCUUCAUCUUCAUCUAUGACGCCUUCAAGAAGAUGCUCAAACUGGCUCAUCAUAACCCCAUCAACUCCGGCUACGACCUGGAGCUGGUCACCCAGUAUGGCUGCCACUGCACACCUCCAGAAGGGAACGUUUCAGCCCUGUACUUGGAGAAAAUGGAAGCCUUGAUGAACAACACUGGACAGCAUCACCUGAAUGCGACGUGGGCGUCUCUGUCCCGCUCUGAGUGUCAGGAAUGGGGGGGUCAGCUGGUGGGAGCGACGUGUGACUUCGUCCCAGACAUCACACUCAUGUCUUUCAUCCUGUUCUUCGGCACAUACGCCUGCUCCAUGGGGCUCAAGAAGUUCAAGACCAGCAGAUUCUUUCCCACUACGGUCCGCAAGCUGAUCAGUGAUUUCGCCAUUAUUCUGGCCAUUCUGAUCUUCUGCGGUGUGGACGCUCUGGUCGGCGUUGAUACACCCAAACUCAUCGUGCCGAGUGAAUUCAAGCCGACGAGUCCGCAUCGAGGCUGGUUUGUGGCCCCGUUUGGAGGAAACCCUUGGUGGGUUUAUCUGGCGUCUUUCUUGCCCGCUUUGCUGGUCACCAUCCUCAUCUUCAUGGACCAGCAGAUCACAGCCGUCAUCGUCAACCGCAAAGAGCACAAGCUCAAGAAAGGAGCCGGGUAUCAUCUGGACCUGUUCUGGGUGUCGAUUCUCCUGGUUGUGUGUUCGUUCUUGGGUUUACCAUGGUAUGUCGCAGCGACUGUGAUCUCCAUCGCCCACAUCGACUCGCUCAAGAUGGAGACCGAGACGUCCGCUCCUGGAGAACAGCCCAAGUUUCUAGGAGUCCGGGAGCAGAGAGUCACAGGAAUAAUGGUGUUUAUUCUGACCGGUCUCUCCGUCUUCAUGGCCCCCGUUCUGAAGUUCAUUCCAAUGCCGGUGCUGUAUGGUGUGUUCCUCUACAUGGGCGUCGCCUCGUUAAAUGGGGUUCAGUUUUUGGAUCGCCUGGAGCUCCUGCUGAUGCCUGCAAAACACCAACCGGAUCUGAUCUACCUGAGACACGUCCCACUCAGACGAGUUCACCUCUUCACCUUCAUACAGGUUCUGUGUUUGGCUCUGCUGUGGAUCCUCAAGUCAACAGUAGCCGCCAUCAUCUUCCCUGUCAUGAUCCUCGCACUGGUGGCUGUGAGAAAGGCCAUGGAUUAUGUGUUCUCGCAGCACGAUCUCAGUUACCUGGAUGACGUCAUGCCGGAGAAAGACAAGAAGAAGAAGGAGGACGAGAAGAAGAAGAAGAAGAAGAAAGGCAGCAUCGACAGCGACAUGAAUGAUUCGGAUUUUCCAGCCAUCGAGACCAUUCCCAGUAUAAAGAUCUCGAUGGAGGACAUGGAGCAGGACGCAGUGCUGAGGGAGAAACCCUCAGACCGAGAUAAGCCCAUGUCCUUCCUCACUCCCUACUGAUGCAAAGCACUUUUUCCCUUCCAGGACUGUGUCAAGUCAGGAUUUAAACCCCUUUAAGAAGAUGGUGCCUCAGAUCCGAAUCGAUUUGGACCCCGACAACAACAAAUUCUUCUGGAAAACUCCGUCCUCCGAAACAUCCCUUUAAACACUCCCGAAAACAGAUGCACAUGCAUACACACAAACUUUAAGGUCCAGAUGAUGGUUUAGUCUAUCGGCUAACCACAAAAUGCUACACGUUAAUAGAAAAAGUCCAAACAAAUGGACAAAUGGCAUUUCAACACUACAACCAAAAGCUGCACAAACACAAACUCUUCACCAAAGAGUUUUUUUGUACUUUGUUAUAUAUAUCUCCUCAUUUUUGGUAGCAUUAUUUUUGGAAUUUUAAAAAUCAAACAAAUGAUAUAUUUUUGCUAUUGAUUUAUUACUAUGUUCUGGGUCCAGACUGAUCAUUUUUCUCAUUAAAUUUAAAAUUUUAUAACUGUAAUAAAGGGGUGUAACGGAUCACAGUUGAUCUGUGAUUCGUACGGAUCACAACCCACGGUUAGGAACACAAGUGACCCGCUGAUUAAUAAAUAUUUUACUUGUAGAUUAAUCCAAAAAUCGCAGAGAGAUCACCUGUCGCGUCAUUCAAAUCCCAUAUAUGAAAGCAUUUAGGGUACCCUGUAAAAUCUAAUGAUGACAGAAGACGUUGUGGUGGGUUAUUCUGUAUGUGGUGGGUUUCUUAGGUUAUUAAAGGUGUUCAGCCUUGUUUAGCCUGCAUUAAGGUAUUCAGUGUAAGCUGCACAAUUAAUCAUUAAAAGAUUGGGAUCUCAACACCCACGCAACAUAAAUUAUAAAUGAUGGUAUUUGCAUAUGUUUAUUAAUCCUUUAAAUCGCUGCAUUCAAAUCUGUGUUUAAAAAAAAAAAUCAACAGUCAAAUAAGACAGAAGUACAGGGAUAACAGCUUAUAGUUUAGAUAAAACCACUGAUGUUUAUGGUAAACAUUAAAAUCCCCGUCAUUUGCAUUUAACUUGACACUCAAAAAUGAAAAAUGUAGGCCGCAAUUACAUUAUUUAAGCAAUAGGUGGCGACAACCAGCCAUUGAAAAUAUGCAACUGAAUAUUUCUUCAAAAAUUAUCAUCUAGCAAUGAAACAUGACAUUUUAUGAGUGAAUAACUGAAUCGUUUAUUGAAAGAGACUAAAAAUAAAUAUGGGUUGUACAAAUUAUAAUGUUAGAUUUCUACAUUUAGCCUUUCAGCAACAGUAGGAGUAACAGUGAAUUUUUACAGUACUGAAUAAUUUUCGAUUUAUUUUUAUUCAACUGAGGAUUGCUUCAUUUUAUUUUUAUUAAAUGACUAAGUUCCUAGCACUGUUUUUUUAAAACCAAAAGUUUCUUGCAGUACUGUUUUUGUAAUAAAUGGAAAUCAAGUUAGAUUUGUCUCAUCUCCCCUUUUGGCUGAUCUGAUAAAUGGUCCGCUUCGUGACUAAAAAAAGCAUAAUGUGAUCCGAACCAUGAGAUUUGUGAUCCGUUACACCACACUACUAUAAUAUAUUAUUAUACACAUCUGAAUGAUAUCAUAAUCAAGUCUUAACAAUGUAGAAUCCAUUCAAUAAUGUAUGAACCAAAUUUGGUGGUUUAACUUUUCCUCUAGCCAAAUAACCGCACUUCAUUCAAAUGAGCACGUUUGAUCAAAUUUUAAUAUUUCAACGAACAAAUUUGUAUUAGCAUUUAUGAUAUAUUUUUCUUUCGCUCAAAAGACUCAACCUUUUGAAACUCUUUUAGAAGUCUAUAUUACUGAACCACAAUUGUGGGCGUAACUACUUAUCCCAAUAAGGGAACUGCUGUUAUAAAAUUAAUGACAAAAUGACUUCAGUCUUUCCUGUGCUUAAUGAGACAGAAAGUGGGAAACACUCGAUGUAUGAAUAUGAUCUUCUAGUUCUACCUCUUAUAACCGACUGUAGUUUGUGAAGCAUUUCACUAUGCAAUAUGUCAGCGGCGAACCAAAAAAAAAAAAAGUAGCGGACGCCAACUUUCUGUCUACGAAGUUCCUCUUCUGCCCUUUUAUGAACUCAAGAUCUGUUUUCUCCGUUCAUAAAUGACAAUCAUAACCGGGCGGACACUUUCAAUGUGAUUUGCGUUCAAUGUAUUUACUAUGAAGCAGUUGAUUGAUGCUGAUUUUAUUACCUGGAUAUUUUUAUUGUACUUUUUUUUUCCUUUUUUUAAAGAAGUAAUGCUGUAGAUAGAGACGUCUUUUUUACUGAGAUGAGUUGUAAGGACUCGAUAAUGAGAUUUUAACGUGGAACAGCUGCACCGAGUGACAGCAAUAUGCAAAUUUCCUUGUUUUGUUUGUUCGAGAAGUUAAAUACUGCCAUUAAGACAGAUCAUUUUUACAUGAGGCCCAUUCACACCAAUAGCUCCAUAGGUAACUAUACUGUGGUUUUGACAUAUAUAUUUUGAAGGAUUGCGCUCUUUGACGCAUUCAAGAUCCUGGUUGGCUGUCGAUGCUUUUAAUCGUUCGUCAGCUAAUAAAAAAAAGUCAUUUUAAAAGUGAUUCAGUUGUAUUUAUCCUCUGUGCCAUUAACGUUAUAGUUGUGGUGAGGACUCUGCUAUUCUUUUACAUUUAUUUGUAAGUCUUUAUUGUUACCAAUAUCAAUAGACAAUAAGUGGCGUGAACAGCUUUUUACAAUCAGCACAAAGAUAUUUCAGUCGGCAAAUCUGGUGUAGAAUAUUUUGAACAGUAUCUAUUAAAUCCACAGUUGUUAAAACUUGAAUAUAGAGACACAAGUCAGUGUUUGUACAUACAAUAUAUCUGUUCAUCAUCAUCAUCAUCAUCAUCAUCUCUGAUCAAUAAUGUCUUCCAUUUCUUUUGAUUGUAUCGAAUUGUGCAUUUUCAAGGACUGAACUGUUAGCGAGAUUUGCUUAUGUAGGGCAAGUGAUGCUCUGUUUUUUUUAAACCUGUUGAGAUGUAUUUAUUGUCCUUCUGUUCUCUUCUGGAAGCUGUCUUACUCUGUCUGAUUAUAAUGGUGACGCUACAGGCAAUAAUGAGAUUAACAGUUGAUCGCUGUUCUGUAAAAGGGAAUCACCCUGUAGCACUGUGAGGCGAUGGGCAAAUUAAAGCAAUUAUUAAAACUCA